AUGAGCGCCCAUCCCACAGGGGGCAUACCCUCAGGUUACCCCUUCGACGACCAUUACGUUGAUCCCGUCAGCGAGAAUGGAACUUGGAGUGACGAAGACGAGGAGCGCAAAGCCUCGUCAAUCGGCCAUGAUGAUCAUGCGGACAUGGAGUCGCUUUUCGGUGGCUACGACGAGGAUGAGCCAAGCCCAGGUCUGCACAUGGACAGCCCCUUCACCCAGGCUAUCGACGUUGCCAUACGCGAACAGUUGGCCGAGCCUCCGAUCUAUGCAGACAGCCCAGGAUAUGCCAACGCCCCAACUCCGGUUACUCCCACUCGCUGCGGUCAUGUGAACGAUGAAGAGGAGAUUCGACAGGAUAGCGACAGCUUGAACAGCGAGUACAAUUCCGCAAAUGACAACUGGGUUACUGCCCCUACGCCCGAGACGCCUUGCCCAUCCCGUUCUUCACGGCCUUCCCGCCAGGUCCAGAAGAAGGUGUACUCGGAGGUUCUCGAAGACCUCACUGAAGAGGGUGACGAGGACUCUGAUGAAGAGGAUGAGGAGGAUGAGGAGGGAGCCGAGGAGGACGAGGAUGGCGACGAUGGCGAGGCAGAUGAACACGACAACACGCACGAGGUCGGUGGGGAAGCUGAGGAGGACGACAUGGACGCCGAAGAAGAAGAUGACCCCGAUUAUGUUCCACCGGUCGCCCCCUCCCCAGCCCUCACUGCCGCUACGUCCAACCCCGACAUCGAUGCCUGGCGUGCUGGUUGCCGCUCGGGCCCAUCGACCGAGGAGGCGUCCAACAACAUCCGCUCUCCUAUCGUGCGGUCUCGUCGAAGCUCCGCGAGUCGCGAUGCUCUUGAGAGCCAUAUCGAGAGCUCGCGCGCACAUCUCCGCAGGGAGAGGAGGAGGUUUGAGCGGGCUGAGUCUUGCGUCUCCGGCUUUAGCGACGAUGAGGACGAUGAGGACGACUUGAUCCCCAGGCAAUCCGCCUUGAACGCGGUCGGGGUCGCCAUCGCCAACAUCUCGCGCCAUGUCUUUCGCCGUCCCAAGACCAAGAAAUUCGACAAGGAGCCUGAAAACCGUCGCCCCGACACUCCUUCCGGCUCUCGGGGUCCUCGGAACCGAAGCGACUCUGUGGUCAGCGGUUUCCCCCUCCCCGCGCCUGGCAGCCUGGCUGCUUCCACUUCCAAACGCCGAUCAUCCAGCCCUGUCGUCAGCAGCCGCCGGCGCCUCACCAUUAAUACGUCUUCGGCUAACCACGACGUCAGUCUGCCCCCGGGUUCGGCCAUUUUCUUGCCUGGCGGACCUGCCAGCUCACCUGCGGGCGGAGCUAUGGUGCCCUGGCAGCAAGCUGCAACUGGAAUCUCGCCAAUGAACACGGCGCUGAAUAGCCUUCAGCAAAGUCUGAACUCCCUGGGUGUGGGCACCCCGACCAUUCCCACUUUCGGUCUAACUGCCACCUCGGCUCCUAUCGUUAACAUCUCGAUCCAGAACAACUUCCACCUCGCUGCCUCUCCAAUCCAACCAGUGCCGCCUCCGGACCCGUUCUUGACGGGUGCUCAGGACGCGCUGGCGCCGUUCAACCCCCUGCAGCCCAGCGCCGAAAGGGCGGGGGAUGAGCACGUCAUUGGCGCUCAAGGGGAGGAUAUGCGCGUGCCCGCGCACUACAACCCCAGCUCACAGAACUGCGUCUGUCUUCCAUGCUCUGUUCGUCGGGCAAUCCUGGCCAACCCCGACAGCGCCAUGCACCUGCGAGACGCGAGGCAGGAGCACCACCUCAUGCUCCGGACGUCGCCUGCGGGGAGGACGGACUGGCGUGCCUUCGCCAACCGUGCUUCAGGAGAGCGCACUUUGGGCACCUGGCAGAGCUUCAUUUCGGGUCUGCCUCCGCACGACGCCAUCAUUUUGGACUAG